CGAUUAACGCCGCAACUGAAUUGGGGCUGCUGUGGGUUUUGCUGGCAGUCGAACUGAUAGAUCGGAUCGUACGGUUCUCAGUGCUCGGUUCAGUUGUUCCACGUAUAUAUCGCGACCUGCGGAAGUGUUGCGAUCAUUGCCGUCCUCGCACAGGAUUGUAUCGCUCGCCCUGAGCCUUCUUUUUGCUAAGUAGUAGUAGUGACACCAUCCGGGAUCGCGAGCCAUGGAGAUCCGAGUGGGAGUGGGCGAUCUGCUGAAGAUGGGCACCAAACUCAUCGGCCACAAGAUCGUCCAGUACCGCCUGGCCACGAAGCAGACGAAGGUGGUCUGCACCAGGGACGGACAGGUGCGCGGCCUGCGCCGAAGGACGCUCUACGAUGAUGAGCUUUACUUCGCCUUCGAAGGGAUCCCCUUCGCACAGCCGCCAGUGGGGGAGCUGCGCUUCCGGGCCCCCCAGCCACCACGCCCCUGGCUGGGGGUCAGGGACUGCACCUAUCCGAGGGCCAAGCCCAUGCAGAAGCACUUCGUCCUCAGCAUUGUCGAGGGCAGCGAGGACUGCCUGUACCUGAACGUGUAUGCCAAGCGACUGAGGUCGGACAAGCCGCUGCCCGUGAUCGUGUGGAUUUAUGGCGGUGGAUUCCAGGUCGGCGAGGCCGGUCGCGAUUUCUACAGUCCAGACUACUUCAUGCAGCAAGAUGUGGUGGUUGUCACAUUUAAUUACAGAGUAGGCGCGUUGGGAUUCCUCAGCCUCUCGGAUCGUGAUCUGGAUGUGCCCGGAAAUGCUGGCCUCAAGGACCAAGUAAUGGCACUGCGCUGGAUCAGCCAAAACAUCGCCCAGUUCAACGGAGACCCCCAGAACAUAACCCUGAUGGGCGAGAGUGCGGGAGCAGCCUCCGUCCACGUGAUGUUGACCACGGAGCAGACGCGAGGACUCUUCCACAAGGCCAUCAUGCAGUCGGGGUCCAUGUACUGCGAGUGGGCCAACGAACCGAGUGGCAGGUGGGCCUACCGCCUGGCCUGCCAACUGGGGUACUCGGGGAGCGAGAACGAGAAGGAGGUGUUCCGAUUCCUCCAGCGAGCCAGCGCCUCCGAAAUGGCCGCCCAGGGAAUCGCCCUCGUCUCUCAGGCAGAACGCCGGGAAUACGUCCUGUUUCCCUUUACGCCCGUGGUGGAGCCUUACGUAACCGGGGACUGCGUCUUGCCCCGAUCCCACCGAGAGAUGCUGCCUGCGGCCUGGGGCAACGAUCUGCCCCUAAUCUUGGGGGGCAACUCCUUCGAGGGCCUCUUUUCCUACCAGUCCACCUUGCACGAUGAGGAGCACAUGCUGAGCGUCUUCGAGGCCUUGAUUCCGCGGGAGAUCCGGGAGAAGAGUUCUCGAUCCCAACUGAAGGACAUGCUGCGUCAGUUCAAGGUGGAUAACUUUGAGGAUGCCACUCGGGGGCGCAUGGAAUUUAAUGAGUGUCUGCAAAUACUGUCCGCAAAACACUUCUGGCAUGGCAUCCAUCGCACUGUAUUGGCCCGCCGCAGACACGCCCCCACUACGCCCACCUAUCUGUACCGCUUCGAUGUAGAUUCGCCCCAUUUCAAUCACUUCCGGCUGGUGAUGUGUGGAAAACACGUCCGCGGAGUCAGUCAUGCCGAUGACGUUUCUUACCUUUUCUAUCACAUCUUGGCCAACAAGCUGGAGAAGUCCUCAGUGGAGUACCAAACUAUACAGAGAUUGGUGGGCAUGUGGGUGGCAUUCGCCCGAAACGAUAAUCCCAAUUGUCCGCAGAUCAGUCCGACCACUUGGGAAGCUUUGGAUGAAAAAGGUCCUCAGAUGUGUCUCAACAUUGGAAAACAACUGGAGUUUAUUGUGUUACCGGAGUCAAGGCAGAAUGGGAUUUGGGAUAGGCUUUACGAUAAACACGACUUGUACUAGGUGGGGGUUGGAUAUUUUGUAAAUAAAUCGCACUUGGGUGGUGCCAUUGAUAAAACGUA